AUGAAUGAAGAUGAAGGGGGACAGAAUAUUUCCUCAACAACCCUAAAGACUAAAAAAAAGAAAAGCGAUAGUAUGUAUUUAUUAAAAAAUAUUUUAUUUAAUAACUUAUCUGAGGAACAACAGAAAAUUGUUGAAAUUCCUAUGAAUGUAAAUUUAUGUAUUAUUGCAUGCCCAGGAUCAGGCAAAACAUCUACCUUAACAGCUAGAAUUAUAAAAAGUAUUAUAGAAGAAAAAAAGUCUAUAGUUUGUAUUACGUUUACAAAUUAUGCUGCUAGUGAUUUAAAAGAUAAGAUUAUGAAGAAAAUAAAUUGUUUAAUUGAUUUAAGUGUAGAUAAUAAUAUAAAUCAAAAAUUAUUUAAUAAUAAAAAUAAUAAUAAUAAUAAUCUUAGUUUAAAAAAUAAAUGUACUUUAAAUAAUAUAAUGCAUAAAAGUAAAAUAAAAGUAUUAAACACAGUGGUCUUUAUAGGAACCAUACAUUCUUUUUGUAGAUAUAUCCUUUAUAAGUAUAAAGGAACUUUUAAAAUAUUAACUGAUUUUAUUAACAAUAAUAUUAUUAAAUUAGCCUUUAAUAAUUUCUACUCUUCAUUGAUGAAUAUGAAUAAAAAUACUCACUCUGGAUUCAACGAUGGGCUUCAAAAGAACAGCACCAAUGCUAAUACAGAAAAUGAAGACAAUAAUAAUAAUAAUAAUAAAAAUAAAAAUAUCAAUAAUAAUAAUAAAAAUAAUAAUAAUUAUCAUAAUUAUCAUAAUAUCUGUGAUAUCCAAUCCAAUUCUAUACCACCUCAAUUAGCAUACUUCUUAAAUUGUAUGAAAAACUCAGAAAUAAAAGAAGAAGACGAAAAAGAAUACUAUGAAGAAGAACAUGAUAUACAAAAUGAUAGUUUAAAUGAAGAAGGAAAUGGUGACGACUAUAACGACAAUGACGAUGAUGAUGAUGAUGAUGAUGAUGAUGAUGAUGAGUUUUAUAAUUAUGUAUACAACUUUAAACAUUGUAAUGAGACAAUAAAUGAUUACUUCGAAAAUGAACAGGUGAAAAGCAUGUUGAAAAAAAAAAAUAUUAUAUUUUUAAAAAAAAAAAUAAAAUUAAUGAAAUAUGUAGAAUUAUAUAAUAUACAAAUAGAAAUUAAUGAAAUAGAAAAGAUGUUUUAUGAUGAAUAUAAAAAAAUAUUCAAGAAAGCUAAAAAUAUAUAUUAUGAUUUUGAUGAUUUAUUAAUUGAAACAUAUCGUCUAAUGAAAUAUAAUAUAGAUAUAAGAAAUCAAAUAUUAGAUGAAUGGCAUUAUGUAUUUUGUGAUGAAUUUCAAGAUACAAAUACAACACAAUUUAAUAUUUUACAAUUCUUUGCAAAUUAUAAUGUUCCUUCAACAAACGAUCAAUUAAUAGAUAUUCCAAAAAAAAAUUUGGACAAUAAAAAAAUUAAUGAUCAUCAUAAUAAUUCUAUUUAUAAUACAUACAAUACUAAACAGUAUAGUCAAAGUGUUCAAAACUUUUUUAGUGAAAAUAAAAUUGAUCAAAAAUUUUGUGAUCAAAUAUAUUUUGAUAAACAUUGUAAUAAUAUACUUAUACAAAAAAAUAAAAAUGAACAAUCAAGAGGUGAACAGUCUGAACAGAAAGAUGUUUUAAUGAAUCAACAAACAAUGCAGAGACAAUCUUUAUUAUCAAAUAAAAUAGAUGAUAUGAGUUCUUCAUCGGUAUCUUCAACAUAUUCAUAUUUAAAAAUAGAAAAGAAACAAAAAGAAAAAAAUUACAAAAAUUCCAAAAAUGAAAAAAAUGAAAAAAAUGAAAAAAAUGAAAAAAAUGAAAAAAAUUACAAAAAUGACAAAAAUGAAAUAAAAGAAAAAAAAGAACACACAUAUUAUUCUCCUACUAAAAUUGACAAUAAUAAUAAUGAACAACGUGACGACAAGUAUCACAAAUUCCAUUUAGAAAAAGAAAAUAAUUUCUUUAAUAAUAAUUUUAAGGAAAAAAAUACUCUUGUCAAUUUAAAAGAUAGAAGUCUUACUGUUAUAGGUGAUGAUGAUCAAUCAAUAUAUUCUUUUCGAGGUGCUCAUAUUAAUGUAUUUCAUAAAUUUUUAAAAGAUUGUAAUUGUUUAUUAUUUAAAUUAAGUAAUAAUUUUAGAAGUACUAGAGAAAUAGUUAGAGUUUCUCAGAAUCUUAUUAUUAAUAAUAAAACAUGCAGAAUACAAAAACAACUUUAUACAAAUAAUAUUCAAGGAAAUAAAAUUCAAUUCCAUGCAUUCAAAACUUCGUGUGAUCAAAUAUCUUAUAUAUUGUCUGAAAUUAUUUAUUUAAAAAAAAUUUAUAAUUAUAAAUAUGGAGACUUUGUAAUUUUAUGUCGAACAAACAAAACAUUAAAAGAAACAUUAAAGAGUAUACAUAAUAUUGAAAUUAAAAAGAAAGCAUAUAAAUAUUUAAUCAACAAAUUUUUAUGUGAUAAACAAAAGAAACUCUUAAAAGAAAAUAAAAAACAAUUAGAAAAUAAGAAUACAAAUGAUAUAUAUAAAAAUAUAUCUAUAAGAAAUAAUGAAAUAAAUAAUUAUAAAAAUAAUCAGAAAUGUGAACAAAAUGUUAGCGACUUUAAUAAUAUAUUUAAUAUAGAUAGUUUUAAAAUACCUAUAAAAGAAUUAAACAAAAAAAAAGCUUUUUUUGGAUCUAAAGAAAUUAUUGAAUUAAUUACAUUCCUUAGAUUUUUAUUGAAUGUAGAUGAUAAUAUCAUAUUUAAAAAAGCUUUUAAAAUAAUAAAAAAUGUCAAAAAUACAAACCAUAUAAUAAAUAAAUUAACAAGAUGUCAAACAAAUCAACAUAUAUCAAAUAUUUUAAUUGAACAUUCUAAUGAUAAUAUACAAAUAAAAACAGAAAAGACAAAAAUUCAUAAAACACAACAAAUGAAUAAUGAAAUCUUAUCUCUUUUUUCAUGUGUUAAGAGUAUCACUCACUUAUUUAUUUUGUAUAAAAGAAAAACACUAAAUAAAGAAUCAUUACGUGUAUUAGAUAUAUUUACAGAAAAGGAAUUAAAAACUAUUGUCGACUUUUUUUUUUGUAUUAAUUAUUUCUUAAAGUUUGCAGCACAUACUAAUUCUGUGUAUCAUUUAGUAAUAGAAGUAUUGAAGAAAACAAAUUUUUUAAAAAGAUUACAAUCCAAAAUACAAAAGAAAAGGGAUGAAGAAAAUAAGGAAAACAAUAUUAUGAAAGAAACCAUAUCUGAACAAAAGAAUGAUAACAUUGAAUCGGAUGUGAUUCAAAAUAUAGGUAGUGAUUCAAUGAAGGGAGACCAUCACAUCAGUGACAAUGAACAAAAGAAAAUGAAAUUAAUAAAUGAAAAACAAACUGAUGAGCAUAAAUGUGGUUGUUCUCAUCAGGUGAUAGGAAAGAGGGUCAACCAGGAUAAUGAUAAAAAUGGCAGUAAUAAUAUGUGUGAUAAUAAUGGAAGUAAUAAUAUGUGUGAUAAUAAUGGAAGUAAUAAUAUGUGUGAUAAUAAUGGAAGUAAUAAUAUGUGUAAUAAUAAUGGAAGUAAUAAUAUGUGUGAUAAUAAUAGCAGUAAUAAUAUGUGUGAUAAUAAUAACAGUAAGGAUAAUAUAUGUGAUGAUGCCACAUUUACUAAUAAUGUAUAUACUACUGAAGAAACUAAUUCAAAAAAUAUUGAAGAGAAAAAAGGAAAUAUUAAAAAACGUACCUUUGAAGAAUAUAGAGAAAAAAAAGAAAAGACGAAAAAAUAUAUUGACAUUGAUAAUAAUAAUAAUAAUAAUAAUAAUAAUAAUCAAAAGAAUGAUUGCCAUAAUAACAAUAAUGAUAUGUUCGAUAUUAAUACUGUGAAUGAAAUUAAAAUAAAAAAAGAUCUCGAAUUAUUAUUUAAUAUAGGAGAUAAAGAUUUAAAAUAUAAUGAAAUACAAAAUAUUUUUAUAUUCUUAGAAAUGACAACAGAUUAUAAACCAAACUUAUUACAACAAUCAUGUUUAGAUUGUUUAUUUUGUUUUCUUAAUGAUUUCAAAAAUAAUGUACAUGAAAAUAUGCUAGUAGAAAAAGUUACCUUAACAACUAUACAUAAGGCAAAAGGAUUAGAAUGGAAAGUAGUUUUUAUUAUAAAUGUGACAGAAGGAGAAAUACCACAAACGGUUGAUAAUAAACAAGAUAUUAUUGAAGAAAGAAAAAUUUUCUAUGUAGGAAUUACUAGAGCCAAAUUUUUACUAUAUUUAUUAUGUUCAAUUCAAAAUAAUAAUUCUUCUGAAAAAAAUACUGUUUCGAGGUUUAUUAAUGAAAUGAAUAUAUGA